CGCAGGCGCGGUUUGGCGCGGGGCCUGGCGGGACGGCGUAAACAUGGCGGGGGUCGGGGCAGCGUCGCGACUUCUCCGUGCGAGGCGCCUGGUCCUGACCCAGGCGUGGCCGGCAACGCUCCCAACAUGGGCCCGUGGUGUUCACUUCACUGUCGAUGGAAGGAAGAGGGCGUCUGCUAAAGUUUCAGAAUCGAUUUCUACUCAGUACCCAGUGGUGGAUCAUGAAUUUGAUGCAGUGGUGGUAGGUGCUGGCGGGGCAGGCUUGCGAGCUGCAUUUGGCCUUUCUGAGGCAGGGUUUAAUACCGCAUGCCUCACGAAGCUCUUUCCUACCCGGUCACACACUGUCGCAGCACAGGGGGGAAUCAAUGCUGCGCUGGGGAACAUGGAGGAGGACAAUUGGAGGUGGCAUUUCUACGACACUGUGAAGGGCUCUGACUGGCUGGGGGACCAGGAUGCCAUCCAUUACAUGACGGAGCAGGCCCCUGCCUCCGUGGUCGAGCUAGAGAAUUACGGCAUGCCAUUUAGCAGAACAGAAGAUGGAAGGAUUUAUCAGCGUGCAUUUGGUGGACAGAGCCUCAAGUUUGGGAAAGGUGGGCAGGCCCAUCGGUGCUGCUGCGUAGCUGAUCGGACCGGCCACUCACUCCUGCACACCUUGUAUGGAAGGUCUUUGCGCUACGACACCAGCUACUUUGUGGAGUACUUUGCCCUGGACCUCCUGAUGGAGAGCGGAGAGUGCCGCGGAGUCAUCGCACUAUGCAUAGAGGAUGGAUCCAUACAUCGCAUACGUGCGAAGAACACUGUCAUUGCCACUGGGGGGUACGGGCGGACCUACUUCAGCUGCACGUCUGCCCACACGAGCACUGGGGAUGGUACGGCCAUGAUCACCAGGGCUGGUCUUCCCUGCCAGGACUUGGAGUUUGUGCAGUUCCACCCCACAGGCAUAUAUGGCGCUGGCUGUCUCAUUACUGAAGGAUGCCGGGGAGAGGGAGGCAUCCUCAUUAACAGUCAGGGCGAGAGGUUCAUGGAGAGGUACGCCCCUGUCGCGAAGGACCUGGCAUCCAGGGACGUGGUAUGUCGGUCCAUGACUCUGGAGAUCCGUGAAGGAAGAGGCUGUGGCCCCGAGAAGGACCACGUCUUCCUGCAGUUGCACCAUCUGCCCCCUGAGCAGCUGGCCAUGCGCUUGCCUGGCAUUUCAGAGACAGCCAUGAUCUUCGCCGGUGUGGAUGUCACCAAGGAGCCAAUUCCUGUACUCCCUACUGUGCAUUACAACAUGGGUGGGAUUCCCACCAACUACAAGGGGCAGGUACUGAAGCAUGUGAAUGGCCAGGAUCAGAUUGUGCCUGGCCUGUAUGCCUGUGGGGAGGCUGCCUGCGCCUCAGUGCACGGCGCCAACCGGCUUGGGGCAAACUCCCUCUUGGACCUGGUGGUCUUUGGCCGGGCCUGUGCCCUGAGCAUCGCACAGUCUUGUAGGCCUGGAGAUAAAGUUCCUCCAAUCAAACCAAAUGCUGGGGAAGAAUCUGUCUCAAAUCUAGACAGGUUGAGAUUUGCUGACGGGAGCAUAAGAACCUCUGAGCUGCGCCUUAGCAUGCAGAAGUCCAUGCAGAGUCAUGCUGCAGUGUUCCGUGUGGGAAGCGUGUUGCAGGAAGGCUGUGAGAAGAUCAGCCAGCUUUACGGAGACCUGAAGCACUUGAAGACAUUUGACAGGGGAGUGGUCUGGAACACGGAUCUGGUGGAGACACUAGAGCUGCAAAACCUGAUGCUGUGCGCUCUGCAGACCAUCUAUGGGGCAGAGGCACGGAAGGAGUCACGUGGUGCUCAUGCCAGGGAAGAUUACAAGGUGCGGAUUGAUGAAUAUGAUUACUCCAAGCCCAUUGAGGGGCAGCAGAAGAAGCCAUUCAGGGAGCAUUGGAGGAAGCACACUCUUUCAUACGUGGACAUCAAGACUGGAAAGGUCACUCUGGAGUACAGACCUGUCAUUGACAAGACUUUGAAUGAGGCUGACUGCGCCACUGUUCCCCCUGCCAUUCGCUCCUACUGACUGAACCUAGGGUCGCAGAGGUGGCUUCUGUCUCCAUGUGUCACAGCUUGCGCAGCUGCUCCUGUUGAACCUGUCUCGGUAGAUGGUAGAUUCUGUGCUCGUGAACAAGCAAUACGCUUCGCAGAUGUCAUCAGUCCCCUGGCUAGCAGCUUGUAAGGACUCAGCAUGGGGGACAGCUUUGCCUGUCUUUAUCCCUUGCUUUAUCAUCCUGGGCACAAUCAAAACAAAAUGAGCAACCCUUCUUAUAUUUCCAAAUCCAUUUAAAACCUGUACUGUUUGGCUGUAGGCAUAUAUAAUUUAGCAAAUGUAAUUAUCUUAUUAUUCUGUCACAUCAAAAUCCAGAAAUUCUGUUGUGUAUUCUUAAGUAAAGAAGAAUUUUCAUUCCUGACAGCAAAGGAAGAAAACUUCUCCUUGUUCUUGUCCAGUGGUUCAGGAGGUGAACUUGUGAAGAAUUGGAGCGACUAAACCCUGAAUGAAUGAGACUGAUGGAGUAAAUGGGUUUCCGUUUAAAUCUGUUCUCUUUAAAGGUACAACUCAUUUUAAAUAUGAAUCCAUUCUUUAUAAAAUUCUUCCCUAAAAAGUAAUCUGA